CAAGUCCUCAAGCUUUAAUCUCCAAUAAUACUUUACAUUCGCUCCCCUAGUAUCUUCAACUGCCAUUGGUCAUAAUGAAGGCAGGAAAUUUCUUCCUCAGCGCUCUUAGCCUGGCUGCAAACCUCUACACAACCAAGGCUGCAGAUUGCGGCGGCUAUGGAGUAGGCAGCGACAGCAUUGGAGCCUGCACUGACAGAACCGGAAACUACAAAGAUCGCGAGAUCUUCUGCACUACUCUAGUUGGACAGGGGAACUGGAAGCGAACCUGCCAGAACGGUCGUAACUCUGGCAAAUGCCAUUUCGAGUACCAAGGCCCAGGAAUGCCUCAGCAGAUGUGCUGGGACGCAUAUGAGAAUAUCAUCAACCAAUGUUUCAAUCACCAGAACGGUGGAGGCUAUCAUUACGGCACCUGGAGCCUCAAUGGCCAUUGGUUUGCCAUUGAUAGGUGCAGUGCUUAAAGGCAUCUAUUAACAGCCCCAUUGACGUGGCCUCAAGGCUUUAAAACAAGUAUUAUUUAAGUAAAAGGGACCUAGUGUGUAUCUUUUCAUGAAAUAGAUACUAGUAACUGGGAGGAAAAAUACAAAAAUGAUAUUUUAAUAACUAAAUUUAGCUAGCCAGCUCAAUAACGCAGAUCCAAGGCAUAAACGGCCCCCAACUGUGAUAAGCAUGUCACAGGUAGCGAAUAAACUGCC